AUGAAUAAUCAUAGUACUUAAAUUGAUAUAUUACCUAAACUGAUUACUAAUCAACAAAAACUUUUAGAUCCUAUACAUAUUAGAAACACCUAAUAGCGUCAUUCUUAGUAUCUAAAUAUUUAUAAUAACAUUAGAAAUGAAUCAAAGAUCUUGCCUCAUAUAGAAAGAAAAUCAAUGUUGUAAGGUAAUUCUAAGCAAAUGGUAGUUUAACGUAUAAUUUCAAUAUAUAAAUAAAGGAUUUAUGUAUAGUUUUGAUUACAAUACUAGAAACUUUGGAACAAGUUGUGAUAGAGGUUUUUCUGGAUUAUCUAGUUAUCAUCUAUCAUAAAAAUUUGGACAUUUAGGUACCAAAUUAUAGCCAGUUGAGAAAAAUAUAGCAGCUGAUCUGACUGAUGGAGAAGAUGUAGAAGAAAUAAAAAAAGAUGAAAGAUUGUUUUAUAAGAAAAUAUACAAAUAUAAUUAAAUGCCUGUUUUGGCAUUGAUAAAAUCUUUUGAAAUUGAUUGGAUUAAAGAGAAAGAUGACUAAGUUAAUAGAAAAUUAUCAAAGAGUCUAAUAUUAAAUUUUUUUACAACUUUACAAAUUCUAAAUACUCAUUAGGAUUUUAUUGAAUUUUUUAUGAAAAAUUUAUAACUGUUAGAAUUGAAUACUGUUGCUUUAAAAUAGAAAGGAUUACAUCAGUUAAAAACUAAAGUUAAUAAAUUUAAAAAUGAAGAUUUUCCAGCAUCUUAUUUAAUUAUUUCAAAUCAAUCUGGAAAAGGAUAUUUUAAAAUUAAUUUUCCAAAAAUCGAAAUUUAUUUUUAAGAAUAUUAAUAUGUAUAAACUAUAUAAUUGUCACCAAUGAAACUAUAUGAAUUGGUUAAUAAUAAUUUCUUUUAGAUAGCUGAAAUAGUUUCAGAAAUUAAUGUUGAUUUUACAAUUCUCAAAUAAAAAUUAUUGUAAUAAAUAGAAAAUCAAGCUAAGGUAGAAUAAAAAAUAGAAGAGAAAAUGAAACCUUAAAUGUAAAAUUCUGAUUAAAUCUAAUUGGCAAAUAAAAUAGAAUCCUAAUAAAAAGUUUUAGUCACUAAACCAACUAUACCAGAUGUUGCAAUAAUAAUAAGUGAAAGUAAGAAUAAUAAUAAAUAAAGAAAAAAGUGAAUUUCCAGAAAAGAUUUUAAAUAAGAGAAUGAUUAAAUGUGUUGCUUAAAAGGAUGAGAAAAAUUAUUUAUGUGUAGAUUUUCUACCAAUUUAAUUUAUAAUUAAAGAAAAAGUGUCAUAAAAAACUAUAAAAUUGUAUUCUCCAACCUUUAAAGAAUUUAAUGAAUUUCUAACCUAAUUAGGAUCUAAGCAUGUGAAACAAAUUAUAGAUGAAUAUUUAAUUACAACAUUUGAUCUUAAACCAGAAGAUUUUGAUUAUAAAGAAUUUAAAAAAGGAACUUAAAUUAAUUUUAGUUUUCCAACAUUUUCAGAAUUAAAUUUAGAAAUAACUGAAGAGCAUCUUAAUAAUGGAUUGAUCUCUGUUUAUGUUAAAGAAAUUGAGAUAAAUAACAAAGAUUUAUAAAUAAUUAUGGAGUAAUAAAAUUAUAGCAAUUAAUAGACCUUGUACAUUUGGAAUAUAUAAUCAAUUAACUUGUAUGACUGAGAAAAGAAAUUGUACAUCAAAAGAAUUAACAAAUAUAUUGUAAAAGAAAUACUAAGUAAAAUUUUAACUUAUAUGA